GGUGUCUUUCUCAGAUAGGUUCUGAAAGGCGUGUUGGUUCGUUCUUCUUUCAAGUACCGACCUAUUUUCACCACAUUUCCUUAUUUUGUACAAAAAUUAACCAUAAAAGAUGUAUCGCUUACCGUCGAGCCUUCGUAGCGUGGCCCUUCGCCAAGCGAACCAAAUAGCCCAAGUCCAAAGAUGUUUUUACGCGAAGGACGUUCGUUUUGGUUCGGAGGUUAGGGCCCUUAUGCUUCAAGGUGUCCACAUUUUAGCUGAUGCUGUCGCUGUUACAAUGGGUCCAAAGGGUCGUAACGUUAUUAUUGAACAAUCUUGGGGUUCACCAAAAAUUACUAAAGAUGGGGUUACAGUAGCUAAAGGGGUUGAAUUAAAAGAUAAAUUUCAAAACAUUGGGGCGCGUUUAGUGCAGGACGUCGCUAAUAACACCAAUGAGGAAGCUGGUGAUGGAACCACCACUGCUACAGUUUUAGCUAGAUCUAUUGCCAAAGAAGGUUUUGAUAACUUAGGAAAAGGGGCCAAUCCUGUUGAAAUCAGAAAAGGAAUUAUGUUAGCUGUUGAAAAGAUCACAGCUACAUUAAAGUCCUUAUCUAAACCGGUCACAACACCAGAAGAAGUAGCACAAGUUGCCACAAUUUCCGCCAACGGCGAUGUAAACAUUGGAAAUUUAAUUUCUGAUGCUAUGAAGAAAGUUGGAAAAGAUGGAGUAAUUACUGUUAAGGAUGGAAAAACUUUAAACGACGAAUUGGAUGUUAUUGAAGGAAUGAAAUUCGACCGUGGAUUCAUUUCGCCUUAUUUCGUUAACACAACCAAAGGAGCCAAAGUUGAAUAUCAAGACGCCUUACUUUUAUUAUCAGAAAAGAAAAUCUCCUCAGUACAAAGUAUAGUCCCAGCUUUAGAAUUAGCAAACACGCAACGCAAACCGCUCAUCAUCAUCGCUGAAGACGUCGAUGGCGAAGCUUUAACCACAUUAGUAGUUAACCGACUUCGUAUUGGGCUCCAAAUCGCUGCCGUAAAAGCACCAGGUUUUGGUGACAACCGCAAAGCGACACUCCAAGAUAUCGCCAUCGCAACCGGAGGAAUGGUAAUUGGUGAUGAAUCUGGAAUCACAAAAUUAGAAGAUGUCCAAUUAACAGACUUGGGACAAGUUGGUGAAGUUGUCAUCACCAAAGACGACACGUUACUUUUGAAGGGAAAAGGCAAAAAGGACGAUAUUGAAAGACGUGCGGAACAAAUAAGAGAAUUGAUUAGCACAACGUCAUCUGAGUAUGAAAAGGAGAAAUACCAAGAAAGAUUAGCCCGCUUAGCUUCGGGAGUUGCCGUUUUAAAAGUUGGAGGAAGCAGUGAAGUUGAAGUUAAUGAGAAGAAGGAUCGAGUUAAUGACGCGUUGAAUGCUACGCGGGCUGCGGUUGAAGAAGGAAUCGUUCCUGGUGGUGGUACUGCUUUAUUGAGGUGUAUUGGAAGCUUGGAAGCUAUUAAGGCUAUUAAUAGUGAUCAAGCAACAGGUAUUGAAAUUGUAAGAAAAGCACUUCGAGUACCAUGUAUGACAAUUGCAAAUAAUGCUGGUGUUGAUGGAAAUCAAGUUGUAGCAAAAGUAGAAGCAGGAACUGGUGAUUAUGGUUAUGAUGCCUUGAAAAACGAAUAUGGAAAUUUAGUAGAAAAAGGAAUUAUCGAUCCAACGAAAGUUGUUCGUACGGCGAUUAAGGAUGCUUCUGGAGUGGCGUCUUUACUAACAACAGCUGAAGCAGUGAUCACAGAAAUACCUAAAGAAGAAGCCCCAAUGCCACGAGGCGGUAUGGGAGGAAUGGGUGGAAUGGGAGGUGGAAUGGAUAUGAUGUAAAACUUUCGAAAGUAGAAUGAUUUAUAUUAAAAAAAAUAAACUGUGAAAUGCCUGUUGUUUUUAAUCUGGCAUUGUUAUAAAAAAAAAACACUUCGGUGCCUAAUCUCUAUUAUGUUUGAGCCCCGAGUGUUCUUUCGAUUAAAAAAAAGUGGAGAAAUUUUAAAUAGGACGGAUAAACAUCGGUCGGUGGUAAUAUAAAUGUGUGUUUAUUAUUUUUUUUUGUGCGGUUUGUGCGCGAUUGAGUGAUGUAAAAACUAUUCCACCACCCCCCCAUUCCGAUUGAAAUGAAGAGGAAUUUAUAAAAACGCCCGAUCUGAUUCUUAAUCUAGCAUUUUUUUUGUACUCUGGAACAUUUCGAAAAGUUGUAUAACUUUAAACUGUUAAUUUUUAAUUAUAUUUGUUACUGAAAACAUUUCGUGGUUUCAUUUUGAUUUGUAGUUAUUUUUGUCGUAUUUUUUUUUGUUAGUUACGUUUUGUAUUUUAAUAAAACGUUUAUAAUUAUUA